UAAUUGAAUAAUUUCAAUGUUAAAUUUUAAAUUGGCUUCCAGAAUGUAUUAUAAAGAAGCAAAGAAAAUAAAAUAAUAAAUAUAACAACUAGUUUACCAACACCAACAUUGCAAACAAAAAAAAAAGUAAUAUAUAAACAAAUAAAAAAAAAACAUUAAUUACAUUUACAAAAACGAAAAAUCAUGUUUUCCUUCCACAAACCGCGAGUUUAUCGCUCGGCUGAAGGUUGCUGCAUAUGUCGAGCCAAAUCGAGCAGUUCCCGCUUCACCGAUUCAGGGAAGUAUGAAAGUGGAUUGAUGAAAUGUUUUGAUUUAAAAUAUCCACGCCAAGGUGAAAUAUGCAAUGCAUGUGUUCUACUAGUGAAACGUUACAAACGUUUACCAGCUGGCAGUAAUCGUCAUUGGGGUCAUGUUGUUGAUGCACGUGCUGGUCCUGGUACAAAAUCCUUAACAAAACAGAAGAAAAGCAAAGAUGAAGACAUGCCUAGUACAAGUAAUAUUUCUUCAAAGCAAGCACAUAAAAAUAAUUCAUUAAUACCAGAGAGAUUUGCAAAAAUAUUUAAAAAGAACAAAAAAAGUAAAAUUAUUUCGAGUCCAAAAAAAGAAAUGAACAAACGCAAAACUACAACUAAUCAAUGGGAACAUCAUUCUUUACCUACUUCACCGGAUUCAGUGGAUAGUGAUUAUGAAGAUAGUCGCAUGGAGUCGGCAACAGCUUCUAAUGUGCAAUUUCAAACACAAACGCGCGCAUCUUCAUAUAGAACACGUAGCAAUACAAUUAAUUUAAAUUUAUCCACAAAAAGAACCGGCAGCAAUAGAAGAAAGAGUAUGCCACCAAUAAAAAAUCGCCGGCAAAUUGAUAAUGUGCAAUUUUUUGAUGAAACUCAUUGGGAGGAACGCAGAUCUUGUUGUGGUUUAUUUUAUGAGUGUAAAGAUUUGGCGAGUUCAGUUAUAGUGGAUGUACUACACUAUAGACAAUGCUUGGAACAUCGCAAUAUGCACACAGAAAAUAACAUACAAACAAAAAUGCAACAACAACAACAACAACAGCAACAACAAAACAAAACUAAUAUGUCAACAAAUGUGCUACAGAUAAUGCCUUUAUCAACAGUCACAAAAGUUCCAACUCAAAAUACAAAUCCAACGCCAGUGUUAAAGAAACAUCAUUUAUUUUUCAAAAGACAAUCGGAAAGUUUUCCACAUGCCGAUAUUAAUUUUAUCAAUUUAAAUGAGAAUACAAAAAUGAACUUAAAGACUGAAGCAACGGCAGCAUUAGCAACAAGUCCAAUGGAAAUUUGUGUAACAACACAAGCGGCAACGAAAACUACAACAGCAAAUAUACCUGUGAAUUCUGCAAUUGCCAUUAACUCAAUAAACUCAAUAAACUCAAUAAAUGUGACAAAUACAGCAAUAUCUACAUCGAAUCAAAUGCCAAAACAUUCUAUUGCCAAGGUAACGACCAUACAUACCAUGCCGACAAACCUGAAUAAUCAUAGUAAUAACGUCAAUAUUGUUAAUCAGACUACAACACAAGCUCAAGUUAAGACACAAAAUUACUUACAUAAAACCAAAUGCGAUACUGGAAAAAUUGUUAAACAUUCCGUAGAUAAGAUUAAUACGGGAGUGCAUAUUAAACCAUCAGAUUUACAAGAUAUGAGACAUAUUAUAAAGACAGUAGAUAAAUCAUAUGUGCUCGCAAAAGGCAAUCACAAUUCACAAUAUGCGCAACCUUUAACAACAUCCACAGCUACUGGAGUAGCGACAAAUGCAACAAAUUCCCCAUCUACGUCACCUGCAACUAAAUUCAGUGAUAACUCAUCAGAUUCUGGUUUUGAUGAAAAUAUACAAGAUCGUAAAUCAGCAAGUCCUUUGCAAGAGGAAAUUGAGAAAAAAUUAAUUGCACGUUCAACCGGUUGUGUGCAAACAAUGUUUUUGGCCAGUGGAGUUCAUUUAAAGGGACAACCACAAAAUUUAGUUUUAGCUGCUAAUGAAACAGCAGCCAAAAUUUUACAAACCCGAAAACAGUAUCAAAUGAAUCGUAAUAAUGUAGCAAUUGGUUCGCAAACGGUGUCCACUGUAAAGAUGCCACAGGCGACAACUACAACAAAUCCAACACAUACUAAACUACGUACAAUAUAUCACAACAAUAGUGCAAUACAACAUGAAAAUGGUGUUACAACAAUUGUACCAGCUUCAUCACUAGCUGCAACAUCUCAAACGGCUGCCAUGAACGCAUUAGCACCCAGCACAGUUACCAUAACACCAGCACCACAUCCACAUCACCAACAACACAUUGGUGCUAAUAUCGCAGUAACUAAUAUUUAUAAUAAGAAAUUGAAAGCAACUAAUGCACAAACUAAUAGCAAUACAAAUCUGAGUAGUGGCAGUAAUAAUAUAAGUUUGAGUAGUGGAAGUGUGAAUGCAAUCACUGGUAAUGUAUCAAGUCUGAAUCAAAAAAUAAUUUUAGUUAAAUCUGCAACAAAAUACAAUAAUAAUCUUAGCAAUAUUAGUGCCGUUGCAGGUGCAACAUCAGCAACAAUUACAACAUUACCGUUGAACAAUCAUAGUAUUUGUAAAAACUGACUAUAAAAUUCAUAAAUUCAUAAUUUUAUAUAUAUAUUGUUAUACAAUUUGUUGUUUGUAUAGCAAAAGUAUAAAUAAUACAUGCCCUUCGCACACUUUUGUUAAAAAAUAUAUGAAGUUUGGAAUGAUGUUUGUAACAGGGGAUUGAGGGAUUGUAGGUCAUUUACAUUAUUUAACAGUUUUGCAAUACCAAUUGAUUUCUUAGUUUUUGAAUUUAUUCUAUAAAUCUUUGUAGACCAAAAUGUACCAAAAACAAACAAAAAAUCGAAUAUUUUAUUCUAGUAUUGAAUUACCGGUUAAAAAUGAGUAUACCUUAAAACUCCAGUAGAAGUGAUGUGCAUAUGUAGCUUCGAAGCGUAGAUUUAGGCGCUCCCAAAACCAAAAAUGAUAACAUAAUAGUUUAUGGUUUCACAAAAUCUCGGGUUCUCAAUUAAAUUGAAAAUACAACUAUCAUUUUAUAGAAAACAUUUCUUUACCCCGAAAUAUAGUCUAACCCAUAUGCAUGUAGUGUUUUGUUUAAAUAAGUUGCACAUUGCUUAAUUAAAUUACUCCUUUGAGUUAUUAUUUAAACAGGGCUUUGAACCAGAACUAAAUCACAAACUAAAAAAAAUCUAUACUUUUGCCUAAGCGAAAAAAUCGCUUA